GUUGUCAUGUUUUAGAUGACGUCAGCUGAUGAAAUUGUGUCGGCCAUGUUGGAUCACAUGACUAAUCCUGACAACAGCACUCACCUCAAGAUUCCACAAGGAAGCAAAGUCGCCCUGAUGGUCAACAACCUGGGAGGAACAUCCUGUCUGGAGCUGGGCAUUGUGGGAAGGGCAGCCAUUCAAUACCUGGAGAGUAGAGGAGUAGCAGUGCAGAGGGUGUACACUGGGUCAUUCAUGACAUCACUGGAGAUGGCAGGAGUGUCGCUCACUGUGCUACAUCUGGAUGAUACCCUUAUGGCCUGUCUAGAUGCUGAUACCAGUGCCCCAGCAUGGCCAAGACAUUCAGGCCUUGACAGAACCUCUGAUGUGUACAUCCCUGCACCACAGCACAUACAAGCAGAGGAGGGGGGGACAACCUCAGGACAGACCAUCCAAACAGACCAAGCUCAGCUUCUGGAGAAAGUGGUCCAGCGAGUGUGUGACAGAUUGAUCGACAGCGAAGAACAACUGAACAGUCUGGACAGGGCUUCAGGGGACGGUGACUGUGGAAGUACCAUGGCCAGGGGGGCAAAAGAGAUCCUGGCAUCCCUGAGCCUUCUGCCUUUCUCCUGUCCACAUGCCCUUCUGCUGAACCUGGCUGCUAUUGUGGAGAAGGAUAUGGGCGGGUCAUCUGGUGCACUGUACAGCCUGUUCCUGACGGCAGCAGCUCGACCUCUCCAGUCCGACACCCAGCCAGCCGCUUGGUGUGCAGCACUGCAUGCUGGGAUACAGGCCAUCACAAGGUAUGGUGGAGCAGAGCCAGGUGACAGGACCAUGUUGGACCCCCUCAGUGCUGCCCACAGUACACUAUCUGCUGCCCUCUUAUCAGACAGGACUGCCUUACAGGCACUUGAAGAGGCUGUCAAGGCUGCAGAGAAGUCAGCUCAGGCCACAGCCAGCAUGCCGGCUCGAGCAGGCCGGGCCAGCUACGUCAGCGCAGACCAGCUGACCCAGCCUGACCCUGGGGCAACGGCCAUCGCCAUCAUCAUCAGGGCUACCCAUGAUGCUCUCAAGGGCAACUGAAGGGCAUGAAACUGCCAGGAAUAUUCAAUCAUAUCAACAGUCAAUUAUAUCUGAGUCUUUUCUUUGAGAGAUUUAACUGUUGCAUCAAUAAGUUACAAUUUUAAAGGCAAUUUUUGUCAUAAAGAAAUAUUUCUGUCUUCCCGAUCACGAAUUUGGAAUUGACACAGUUUAAGUUACCAAAGAUUAGAUUAAAUUAUAGGGCGAUUCUUAAAUGAGUUUCUUGUGGCAGAAUUUUAUAGUCAGGUACAGAUAUCAAACUAAAACAAUUCAUACGUUUGUGAUUUAUGGUGCAUUUGAUGCACAUUUGAUAUGGACCAAGAUUGGCAUAUGACGUCAACUUUCCGUCAAGUUGAUUUGAACUAUUCGCAGACAAAAAUUUUUAAUGAUAUGUACACGAGCCCUUAGAGCGGAGUGGCAUUGUCAGAGUUCCAGUCUGUCUCAAACACGGUCUUCAGCUGCUGGUGGAUGUUGUCGUCUGCUUCGUUACCAUAGAAACCAGAGGCAGCCUCAUUAAGCAGCAGGCCAAAACCUACAUUAUCUUCAAAAUCAUCCUUCGUCCAGUCAGAAGUUCCUGUAAGUAAAGUGUAAAUCUUAGUUUUAUAAUUUCCUGACCUGAUAAUAAUGAUAAUAACAAGCUGCAUCAUUAAUUGAUAUUCUGAAUCAAAAUUGAACUGUAGAAAAUUGAAAUUUCCCACAACAUAAAAACAACACUUGGACUUUUUCAACUGCCUUUGUCAUUGGGAAUGAGGACUCGUGAAAAAUGGAUAAUAAGUCGCAGAAGUCUAUGAAUCUCUGUUGAGGGAUAGCUGUAAAGCCCUGAUGUAGGUUGAUACAUUUUAUUCCUCUUACAAGAUAAACUACAUAAUGCAAUUUGGUCACGUGCUAAUACAAAAUGUACAAUCCCCAGUGAUGGUUCAUGCAUAAGGGAAAUGGUUACCA